AUGAUGAACGUCCCAGAAUACUAUGCAGGGAAAAAUGUGCUGAUCACCGGAGCAACAGGCUUCAUGGGCAAGGUGCUGCUGGAGAAGCUGCUGAGGUCUUGCCCGGGAGUCAAAGCUGCGUACGUGAUGGUCCGGUCCAAAGCAGGCCAGAGCCCUCAGGCUCGCAUUGCUGACAUGAUCAACUGCAAGUUGUUCGAGAGAUUGCAACAGGAGCAGCCGUGCUUCGCAGAGAAGAUCAUCGCAGUGAGCAGCGACCUCACACUGCCAGAGCUGGACCUGAGUAAAGAGGAUCAGAGCAUCCUGGCCGAAAACAUCAACAUCGUCUUCCACUGCGCCGCCACCAUCCGCUUCAACGAGCCGCUCAAAGAUGCGAUGCAGCUGAACGUCCUGGCCACACAGAAGAUGGUGGCCCUGGCCCACAGGAUGAAACACCUGGAGAUCUUCAUUCACAUAUCCACAGCCUACGCCAACUGCGACCGAGAGCUCAUCGAGGAGAUCGUCUACCCUCCUCCCGUCGACUACCGCAGACUCAUCGAUACCCUGGACUGGAUGGAUGAUGAUCUGGUGUUGGCUCUGACUCCUAAGCUGAUCGGGGAGCGUCCCAACACUUACACCUACACCAAAGCUCUGGCUGAGUACCUGGUGCAGCAGGAGGCGGGAGACCUCAACGUAGCCAUCAUCAGACCCUCCAUCGUUGGAGCCAGCUGGAAAGAACCCUUUCCAGGCUGGAUCGAUAACUUCAAUGGACCUAGUGGAAUAUUCAUUGCGGCUGGUAAAGGGAUCCUGCGUACGAUGAGAGCAUCUAAUGACGCCGUGGCAGACCUGGUUCCAGUAGACGUGGUCAUCAAUGCCACACUGGCUGCUGCGUGGUACUCUGGGUCGCAGCUGGCCAACAGGCCGAAAAACAUCUUGGUGUACAACUGCACGACCGGUGGGAUCAACCCGUUCCACUGGGGGGAAGUCGAGUACUGUAUAAACAUGACCUUCAAGACCAAUCCCUUAGAGCAGGCCUUCAGAAGGCCCAAUGUCAAUCUGCGCUCCAACCCCUUUACUAAUCAGUACUGGACCACAGUCAGCCACACGCUGCCAGCCCUGCUCUAUGACGGCUAUCUCAGGCUGACAGGUCGCAAACCCCGGAUGAUGAAGACAAUCACUCGCCUCCACAAAGCAAUGAUGGUGCUGGAGUAUUUCACCAGUCACUCCUGGGCUUGGAACACAGACAACGUGUCCAUGCUGAUAUCCCAGAUGAGCCCCGAGGACAAGAAGGUGUUUAAUUUCGACGUGCGCCAGCUGCACUGGGCAGAGUACAUGGAAAGUUACUGCAUGGGCACCAAGAAAUACGUCCUGAACGAAGAGCUGUCGGGGCUGCCCGCCGCACGCAAACACCUCAACAAGCUGAGGAACAUCCGCUACACCUUCAACACCGUCUUAGUGGUGCUCAUCUGGCGCGUUUUCAUCGCCCGAUCCCAGAUGGCUAGGAACAUCUGGUACUUCGUGGUGAGCCUCUGCUUCAAAUUUCUCUCCUACUUCCGAGCCUCCUCCACCAUGAGAUAAUGACCCCCCCCCAGUCACGGCGGAGGGAAGGUGGCAAGGAGGCUGGUGGGUGAAGAAAUGGAAGAAAAAACAGUGGAUGGGUGUGGAUGGAAGAUUUGUUUUUUGAGAGGUGCCUGAGCUCAAAGCCCUUAAAAGUGGCCCUAUGCUGUCCGUCUCCUGCCCCCGUGCCCCCCCCUCCACCUCGACACUCGAGGAUCUGAUGGAACCAUAAAACCCGGCUACACAUCAUGAACACAGACAGAGCUACUGGACCAGGCUGGAGGGCACUGCAGUCUAAAUGUCUCACAUUUCGGAUCUUUCUCACCCGAUCU